GCGAUGUUGGAGGAAAGCGUGCGCUUUCCACAUGCGCAUUGCGAAUUUUCCCGUCUAUCCCGAAAAGCGCGGUCGAUCGAUGCUUAUCAAAGUGCGUGAACACGCAAACAGCUGUCCUAAAUCCAAUUUUUCUAUUUAAUUCAUAUUUCCUGGAUGAAAACAAACUAAAUUCAAGUAGUAACUAAUUUAUAAUCACCAUGAAAAGGCAAAACGUGCGCACAUUGUCUUUGGUUGUCUGUACUUUUACAUAUUUAUUAAUUGGUGCCGCAGUUUUUGAUGCAUUAGAGUCUGAUGAAGAAGCAAGGAGAGAUGUAAUGCUCAAAGAUGCAACCUGGGCGUUAAAAUUGAAAUACAACAUCUCCGAAGAAGAUUACCGCAUGAUGGAGUUGGUAAUAAUUGAAUACAAGCCGCACAAAGCCGGACCACAAUGGAAAUUCGCCGGAGCCUUUUACUUCGCGACUGUGGUCCUCGCCAUGAUUGGUUACGGCCAUUCCACGCCUGUGACUGCCGGAGGAAAAGCUUUCUGCAUGGGCUACGCAAUGGUUGGCAUUCCUCUCGGCCUAGUUAUGUUCCAGAGCAUCGGUGAACGUCUCAAUAAAUUCGCUUCUGUGGUCAUUCGUCAAUUCAAAAAGUAUAUGCACUGCCAACGCAUUGAAGCAACCGAAAUGAACUUGAUGUUUGCAACGGGCAUGCUUAGCUCCAUCAUCAUCACCACCGGAGCCGCGGUUUUCUCACGAUAUGAAGGCUGGACCUAUUUUGACAGCUUCUAUUAUUGUUUCGUUACCCUUACCACCAUUGGUUUCGGGGAUUAUGUCGCUUUGCAGAAUGAUCACGCGCUGCAGAAUCAACCUGGAUAUGUCGCGUUGAGUUUGGUGUUUAUUUUGUUUGGCCUCGCAGUUGUGGCUGCCAGUAUUAAUUUAUUGGUGUUGCGGUUCAUGACCAUGAACGCCGAGGAUAUCAGACGUGAAGAUACCGAGCUGCAAUCAUCAUCGCAUCAUGUGUUGACUUUGGAUGGGGAAGUAAUGGCGGUGAAUGGGAAAUUGUUGGCUGGGCACGCGUAUGAUGAUGAUGUGGAUGUGGACCGCAUGUCGGUAUGUUCAUGUAACUGUCUAGGGUUGAAUCAUGGCGACAAUCAGGAGUUGUUAUUGGAUACAAGUUAUCAUCCGUCCCAGACGGUUCUUGCAGGGAACGCUGGGCAUUUAAAGGUAAAACGGGCGUCUGUGUGACACAUACAUCACAAAUACAGUUUGGAGUAAAACUUGAACUUUAAAUGCAAACAAAAGUGAGAAUUGAAUCUUGAAAAAUGAAAUGAUCAUGAAGAGGAACAUAUUUCUACCAACAAAAACACAGCUUUACGAAUUUUACAAUGCUAAUUAUUCUUAAUUAAUUAAUUAACAUUAUCAUUACUUAAUGUAUGCGUACGGGUAGUUGUAGAGCAUUACAAGUGUUACGAUUUUUGUACUUCCAUUAAAAGUUAUAUAAACAUUAUAA